AUGAUAGUAGGAGUCGACUGCUACCAGCGCGCUGUGCGUCUGGACCAGUACCUCGCAGUGGCAUACUUCCAGCAGGGUGUGUCAAACUUCCUUAUGGGCGACUUCGAGGAAGCCCUCGCCAACUUCAACGACACACUCCUCUACCUACGCGGAAACAACAACAUCGAUUACGAACAAUUGGGUCUCAAGUUCAAGCUAUACUCCUGCGAGGUACUGUUCAAUCGCGGUCUUUGCUACAUCUACCUCCAGCAAAGAGACGCCGGUCUACAGGAUCUGUCUUUCGCAGCCAAGGAGAAAGUGGUGCCCGACCAUGAUGUGAUCGACGAGGCUAUUCGGGAGGAAGCAGAAGGCUACACUGUCUUCUCCAUUCCCGUCGGCAUUGUCUACCGUCCCAACGAAGCCAAGGUCAAGAACCUGAAGACAAAGGACUAUCUUGGAAAAGCCCGCCUGGUCGCUGCUUCAGACCGGGCCAAUGCCUUUACUGGCUUCGCUGGCGCCGAAAUCAAGAAGGGAGGCCAGGCCGCAAAAGAUGACAGAACUGAGGAUAAGAUCUCGUACGCGGCGACCAACCUUGUCAAGCCAGAACUUCAGAGCAGAGCACGCCAGCAGUCAGAACCACCAAUGAACCGUAACAUGUUCCCACCCACACCGCCACCGGAGGCAGACAGAAGGUCUGGUGACAGGAGAUCUGGUGGAGAGCGGAGACCUGCCGCCGAUGCUCCCAUGAGCCGCGCGCAAUCCGUACGAGGCGGUGGCCCUAAGCCUCAGCCUCUGAACCUUGGACGAGCUGCCUUUGAUCAGCAAAGCAACAACGAGCCGCCUCGUCGCCAGCCAACACAGCGCUCCGCCUCUGAACGUCCACCACCAAGUCGUUCAGAGUCAAUGCGAGACCGAGGGCAACGUGAUCAGCGGGAUCAGCGAGACCAGCGAGACCGUGACUACAGGCCACGUCGCCGUGGGUCUGACGAUGAUAUCAUUGACGACUACUACGACAAUGACCCCUACCCGCCUUCUCGUGGGAGCCGCGGGGCAUACGCUCGCUCAAAACAGAGCAGGCGACCGGCUUACAUUGAAGAAGAAGACGAAGACGACUACGAUGGUAGUGAUCUUGAUGAUGCCGAAUUCGAGAUGAUGUCUCGCACAAAAUCCAGGAGACGAUCCCCCGCCCGCUCCGCCAGAUCUGGUGGUAGCACCCGCGGUGCAGGCAGCAAAGUCAGAGUGAAGGUCCACUCUAGCGACACACGUUACGUCUUUAUCAGUUCCGAUCAGUUAAUCACUGAAUUCUGGCAACAGAUUCGGGAGAAGUUCGGUGUACGAAAUAAGUUCAAGGUGGAGUUCAAAGACGAUGGCGACAUGAUCACCAUGGCCGACCAGGACGAUCUUGACAUGGCCAUUCAGACGGCGAAGAGUGUUGCAAGGAAGGAAGGCAGCGAUAUGGCCAAGAUGGAGGUUUGGGUUAGAGAAGUAUAG